AGACCCUAUCGGGGCGCUUCGGUUUUCUUCGUGUUCUGCGGUGUCCGCCUCCCUCGUGCGUCAACCGGCGCGUUUUCCUGCCCCCUUCCCUGAACGUCGGAGGCUCCAUUUUGUUUGAUUCUGGCUUUUGCAGUCACUGUCGACAGCUAGCAAAAAAAAAAGAAAAAAAAAAUACCAUUAAGAUCACUCAAAGAAACGUUUCCAGCAAGACCAACAUGAGCGGAUGUCGUAUUUUCAUCGGCCGGCUGAGCCCCUCGGCCAGGGAGAAGGACGUGGAGAGGUUCUUCAAAGGAUACGGCCGCAUCCGAGAUAUCGACCUCAAGAGGGGCUUUGGGUUCGUGGAGUUUGACGACCCCAGAGAUGCUGAAGACGCAGUGUAUGAGCUUGAUGGCAAAGAGCUGUGCAAUGAAAGGGUGACCAUUGAGCACGCCCGUGUUCGUCUGCGGGGCGGCCGUGGCAGAGGUGGCAGCAGUGGAGGAGGACGUUUCUCUGAUCGCUACGGCCGAGGCUCCCAGAACAGUCGAAGUCGAAACCCUCCUCCGAUGCGCACUGAGAACCGCCUGAUCGUGGAGAAUUUGUCGUCUCGUGUCAGCUGGCAGGACCUGAAAGAUUUCAUGAGACAAGCUGGAGAGGUGACAUUCGCAGAUGCACAUCGCCCCAAGCUCAACGAAGGGGUUGUAGAGUUUGCCUCUUACAGCGACCUGAAAAAUGCCCUUGAGAAACUGUCUGGAAAGGAAAUCAAUGGCAGGAAAAUCAAGCUCAUAGAGGCAGCCAAGAAGAGGUCGAGAAGUCGUUCCCGGUCUGAAAGCUCCUCGCGCUCGCGGUCUCGUUCUCGUGGUCGCUCUCCAUCACGCUCCCCCCGACGCUCACGCAGCCCCGCCAAGGCCCACAACCGCUCCCGCUCCCGCAGUGGCUCUCCUGCCGGAAGCCCUUCAUCCCCGGGCUCCAAAUCAAAAGAGCCCGCCAAACGCUCCUCCAAGACGAGCAAGUCCGCCACCCCGCCCUCCCCUCCGCCUGCCCAGAGAGCCUCCGUCUCCCGCUCCCGCUCUCGCUCGCGCUCCCGCUCCCGCUCCCGUUCUCGUUCUACUGACAGCCAGCGCUAAGAGUUUUGUUUACGUUUAAUGGGAAUCAACAGUUAGAGACAACUUGUUUCGGCAGUAGAAUCGGCAUGGAGGAGUUGGCACACUGGAGCUCCCAUGAACCCUUCUGACAGCCAAGACGAGAGUUUUCCUCGAAUAAAGUUUGGUUUUUUUUCCUGUCUGGAAUUUUCUAAUCACUAUCUUCCACGUUUUCACAUCAAACAUAUAGAAACAUUGUCAGGCAGGAACAACGAUCUCGAGUCAGAUAUUUUAUUGUCAUUAAUUGGGCAUUUAAAUUUAAUAACAUUAAUAGAAGACAGCAGAUUCACAGUGUUGCUGUUUUGUGUCAUUCCCCUCAAGUACGGACCCACGUGCAUGUUUACAUCCAGUGACUCCUCGCCUCUCAAUUUAUUCGUCCCACAGGUCUGCAGGCCCAGCACUGCCAUGCCAUCAUUUCUUCCCACAACAUCACCAAAAUGCCCGAGUGAAGCAGCAUCUAGAUUCACCGUUAUUGGACUGGAGAGUCGUUAAUCUCUACGCUUUGAAAAACUUCUCAAGAGGGAAUCAGUUUUUUUUUUUCAGCAGUGACAGGAUGCUUUUAAUAAGUCGUGUGACCACUUUCUUUACUUCUUGUGAUACUUUUGCUUGUAGGUGGGAGAAUUUUUAAUCACUUUCCAAACUUUCGUCCUUAUUGCCCAUGUUUUCCGAGCCCUUACAUGUCUUUUCCCCUCUUUUUUUUGAUCUGCUGUCCCCACCACAGCUGCUCUUUGCGAUCUGUAUAAAUUUAGGAUGCUUGCAUGUGCUUUCAUUUGAUCAUAAUCGAGAAUAUUCUUACUAUAUUGAUACUUUAUUUGUCCUUAAAACUCAAAUUCAAACCAUCAUUACGACUGGCAUUGGCAGUUUCAGUAUCAAGAACACUUGUGUACAGUUAAGCACAUUGUUCAACCAGUUAACCUGCUGGACAGUAAAUUAAUUUCAUGGAUGUUACAGUUUCUUGCAGGGACUGAUAAACUUAUUCUGUUGAGAAUAAGGUCAACUUUUUUUGACUCUGGAUUUCACACUCUAAAAUGGUGUUGACACAUAAUGCAGUUAAGUCUAGCAUUGUGAUGAAUGUUAUGUUUUUGGUUUGGGGUUUGUGUACAGCAUAGGAAACUUUUGUUUUACAUAAGUGUAUAAAUGUAAUUCCAAAAAAUACUUGUUGGUACUGUGACUGGUGUUACUGUGGUUCAAAUGAACAUGUAGACAAGAGUUUGGAAAAUACAACAUUUUUUACAUAAGGAUUUUAUUUUCAGUGAAAAAUAUGAUGGACGUUUGUAUGCUGUAGGAAGACAAUGGACUCAAUAA